GCUAACAGAAGAAGAAUUUGUAGUCGAUGUUUCUGGUGGUAUCCACAGAGCCGGUUUAGCUAUAUUAUCAAGAUUCCGAAGUACUAAAUAUGGCUCACCCAACACCGAAUGAAAAGCCUUCAAACUCUGAAAACCCUCGAGUCUUCCUGGAUGUAGAAAUCGAUGGAGAAAAAGUGGGCAGAAUAGUUCUGGAGCUGUUUGCCGAUAUUAUCCCAAAAACUGCUGAAAACUUCAGAGCCCUGUGCACUGGAGAGAAAGGCAUCGGAAAAUCAACUGGAAAACCGCUGCACUUCAAAGGAUGCCCAUUCCACCGAAUCAUCAAAAAGUUCAUGAUCCAAGGAGGUGACUUCUCCAACCAUAACGGCACUGGUGGUGAGAGCAUCUAUGGGGAGAAGUUUGAGGAUGAAAAUUUUCACUACAAGCAUGACAAAGUGGGUCUGCUUAGCAUGGCCAACUCCGGGCCAAACACCAACGGCUCACAGUUCUUCAUCACGACUGUCCCCACACCACACUUGGACGACAAACAUGUGGUCUUUGGACAAGUGCUGAAAGGUAUGGGGGUGGUAAAAAUGCUGGAGGACAUCGAGACUAAAGACGACACCCCAGUUAAGCCGUGCGUCAUAGCAGAAUGCGGCGAGCACAAGGACGGAGACAGUUGGGCCGCUGCACCUAACGACGGGUCAGGGGACACCCAUCCAGACUUCCCUGAAGACUCAGAUAUCGACUUUAAAGAUGUUGACAAAAUUUUAGCUGUAGCUGAGGACUUGAAGAAUAUCGGAAACAACUUUUUUAAAAAUCAAGACUGGAAAUCAGCGAUCAAGAAAUACAGCAAAGCUCUCAGAUACCUGGAGGUGGGAGGAGAGGACCUGGAGGAGGAGGUGCAGAAGAAACUGGAGCCCACGGCCCUCAGCUGCUUUCUCAACACUGCUGCAUGCAAACUGAAGAUGCAACUCUGGCAGGAAGCUCUGGACAGCUGCAACGAGGCUCUCGACUUGGACCAGACCAACACGAAGGCACUAUUCCGGAAGGCUCAGGCUUGGCAGGGUUUAAAGGAAUAUAGCAAAGCCAUGACUGAUUUGAAGAAAGCUCAAGAAGUAGCUCCAGAAGACAAAGUCAUCAGCAAUGAGAUGAAGAGAGUCCAACUUAAAAUUCAGGAAGAGAAGGAGAAAGAGAAGAAAAUCUAUGCCAAAAUGUUUGCAUGAACCUCUCGUCAUCUCUGCUGGAGUAUUUGUUUUUUUUUUUUUCUCCUUUUUUCCUCCGAGAUACAGACCAUGUGAGCAGGUAACCUCUCACUUGGUUUCUCAUGAAUUACUGUUAUGUCUGCACUCUGGAACUGUAACAUGAGUUUGAUUUCUUGCUCUGAACUUUCACUGUGCAGCAGCUCAGUCAGAAG